AUGGAGCAAUGCAAAAACCUGCACUACCUGGUAGAAGAGCUCAUUAAAGUCGGACACCUAAAGCAAUAUGUCCAUGCCCCCAAUGGACGAGACGAAAAAGGAGCAAUUGAACGGGCCCCUCCGUCUCCUACAACACCUAGAGCAAUCAUCAAUUAUAUACAUGGAGGGCUCGUAGAUGACAAGUACUACUCCCAAAAACGGAGGCGAAGGCUAGUUCAUGCAGUUUCUAUCAAAAAGAGAGUACAUACCAUUCAGUGCACGUUCACUGAUGACAGUGUUCGACCGAUAGACAGGCCCAUUACCUUCUCUCCUAUUAACUCCAACUGGGUAAUCCUUUCGCACGAGGGUGCCUUGGUCCUAACACUUGUAGUUAAUGACUUUGAUGUGCAUAGAAUUCUAGUUGAUCCAGGAAGCUCUGCCGACCUCCUGCAAAUGUCAGUCUAUAGGCAAAUAAGGUAUUUCCCAUCUGCUUUAGAAAAUCCUGGUCGCAUUUUUACCGAUUUCAAUGGAGCGUCAAUAGUCUCCUUGGACAAUAUCAUCAUUCCCGUCUAG